GUGUCUUGCUCUCCUCGCACACGCGUUGUUCACCUAUAUCGCCAUGAAAGCCUACAAGAAACUGGAGGGUGUCUUCGAGAAGGCCUAUCGCUUUCAGCACUUCGUGGAUCUUGGAUAUUGGGAUGCCUCGGUCAUGAUGCCGCCCUGCGGCGCCGAGGCACGCGGAGAGGCGAUGGCCGUGCUGGUCAGCCACAUCCACCAGAUGUACUCCUCGCCAGAGGUACAGGCGAUGAUCGCAGAGGCGGCGACUGCAGAGGGUGAGAUGACGGACGUGGAACGCGCCAACUUCUGCGAGAUGCAGCGCAUUGUGAAGGAGGAAACGAUGUUCACUGAUGAGUUCGUGCAGCGUAAAGCAAAGGUGACGAACAUGGCGCAGCAGGUAUGGGCCAAGGCGAGGGCGGCGAACGACUUUGAGAUGUUCCUGCCGUACUUUAAGCAGACGGUGGAGGUGGCGCGCGAGGAAGGCCGUCUCCGUGCGGCUGACGCAGACACGACGCCGUACGGUGCCAUGCUGAUGCACAACGAGCCCGGCCUCACGGUGGAAACGCUGGAGGAGAUUUUCAACGACAUCAAGUCCUGGCUGCCGCAGUUGAUCCGAGAGGUGCAGGAGAACCGCAAGGACAUCGACGCCUCCAUCGUGCCGCUCCAGACGCCGAUUCCAGUGGAGAAGCAGGCUGCUGUCGGCAAGUUCUUCGCGCAGGUGUGGGGCUACGAUCCGGAGGGCCGCCUCGACAUCGCUCCGCACCCGUUCUCUGGCAUGGUGAAAGAGGACAGCCGCAUCACGACGCACUACUCGGUGGACAACUACGAGAAGUCCGUGUUUGCGACGAUCCACGAGACGGGCCACUCCCGGUACGAGACGGGCUGCGGCCCGCGCGAGAAACUCGGCCAGCCGGUGUGCAUGGCGCGCUCCGCCGGCAUUCACGAGAGUCAGUCGCGCUUCGGCGAGGUCAUCAUCGGCCGCUCCGGCGCGUUUGCGGAAUUUAUGGCGCCGCACCUGAGGGAGUACUUCGGCGACCAGCCCGCCUUCACGGUGGAGAACGUGCGGAAGCUGAACCAGGUGGUGAAGCCAGGCUUCAUCCGUGUUGCUGCGGAUGAGGUGUGCUACCCGAUGCACGUGAUCAUGCGUUUCGAGAUCGAACGCGCGUUGAUCGACGGCGAGAUGGAGCCGGAGCAGGUGCCGCAGGUGUGGGCGGAGAAGGUGAAGGAGUACUUCGGCAUCGACACGGAAGGCCGCGACGACAUCGGCUGUCUUCAAGAUGUGCACUGGUCCUCAGGCUACUACGCUGGCUUUCCGUCCUACGCGAUCGGGUCCAUCUUUGCCGCGCAGCUGAUGACCACCAUCAAGAAGGAGAUCGGCGAGGACACCGUGGACAAGUGCAUCCGCACCGGCGACAUGACACCCAUCCUUGAGAAGCAGCGGGAGAAGGUGUGGAGCGUGGGCUGCAUGUAUCCGACGAUGAUGGAUGUCGUGGUGAAGGCAACCGGCGAGCCGCUGACCACCAAGUACUUCCGCGCACACCUGGAGCGCCGUUACCUGCGCAACGAGGAUUAG